UUUAUAGAAUUCUUACGCCAAUGAUGUAUUUCUCUUUGCAUCACGUGGUUACAGGAUUCCGUCUAACCACGUUGACACACAACAAAGAUGGCGACUAGUUCAACGAGUCAGAAAAUUGCUCUUAUAACCGGUAUUACAGGACAGGAUGGUUCGUACCUGGCAGAAUUCUUACUGGCCAAAGGAUAUCAGGUUCAUGGCAUCAUCAGGAGAUCCAGUUCUUUCAACACUUCAAGGAUAGAGCACCUGUAUGCAGACCCAAAGUCUCACACAGAAGGAUCCAUGCAUCUUCACUAUGGUGACCUCACAGACAGCACCUGUUUAGUUAAAAUUAUCAGUCAAGUCCGUCCAAAUGAAAUCUACAAUUUGGGAGCCCAAAGCCAUGUCAAGGUGUCCUUUGAAUUAGCCGAGUACACAGCUAAUGUUGAUGCCGUGGGAACGUUACGUUUGUUGGACGCCAUCAGAACAUGCGGACUAGCGGACCAGGUCAAAUUCUACCAGGCAUCCACCAGUGAAAUGUUUGGAAAGGUUCAGGAAAUCCCCCAAAAAGAGACCACGCCCUUCUAUCCAAGGUCUCCGUAUGGUGUUGCUAAGCUUUAUGCCUAUUGGAUCGUUGUGAACUACAGAGAGGCUUAUGAUAUGUUUGCCUGUAAUGGAAUCUUAUUUAACCACGAAAGUCCCAGAAGAGGUGAGACUUUUGUGACGAGGAAGAUUACACGAGCUGUUGCUAAAAUUACAUUAGGACAACAGGAGAAUGUUCAGCUAGGAAACCUGGAUGCUAAGAGAGAUUGGGGACAUGCCAAGGACUAUGUAGAGGCAAUGUGGAGAAUGUUACAGCAUGAGAAGCCAGAGGAUUUUGUCAUUUCUAUGGGAGAAGCUCACAGUGUCAGGGAAUUUGUGGAAAAGGCUUUUAAAGUUGUGAAUGUGGAUAUAGUAUGGGAAGGAGAGGGGGUUAAUGAAGUGGGCAAAGACAAAGCCACAGGCGUAGUGAGGGUGAAAGUCAACCCCAAGUUUUACCGUCCCACUGAAGUGGAAUUUCUACUGGGAGACUGUACCAAAGCAAAAACAGACUUGAAAUGGCAGCCAAAUUACUCCUUUGAUGCACUGGUCAAAGAAAUGGUAGAAGGUGAUAUUGCGCUAAUGAAAACUAAUCCUCUGGCAUAAUACAAUCUCAAGGUUCUUUCCUUAGUCAUACAUUUUGUGGGUGGACAUGUAUUUAUGUGGGAUCAAAUUUUGCUUUUAUAUUAAUAUUCAUGAAAUAUCGAAAUCUUUAUUUAUUGUCGAUCAAACUAUGUGAAAUAAAUUUCUAAGAUGUAUUACAAAUAUAUUAAUUGACGCUUUAUAUAAUAAAUUACUAUAAAUUAUUUAUCAAAUAGCAGAGACUAAUUCAUUAUUACUAGCUUUCUUCUGAAGUAUGUACUCAGAGUGGUUUAUAAACUUCAUUAGAAGAGGUCAUUUUUGGUAACACAGGUUUUACACAUUUUUGUAUGUACAUGUAUAUAUGGUAUAUCUGUACAAUCAAGCAUUUUCUUAGGGGUCAUUAUACACAAAAGCACUUGUAUAUAUUUAAUAGAGGGCCUACAGAGGUAAUUUGUUUUACAGUAAAGCAAUGUUAAGUUCAACAUCUUUAGUCCCAGUCAUGACUAGCCAAUAUUUAUUAUACAAGAUUUAAAAAAUAAAACUGAUCAAAUUCUCAACAUUCUUGUAACCUGUUUAGAUGUGAUAAACUGAUGUAAUUAAAAUUGUUGAAGAAGGUUGAAUACCUUUCAAUAGUUCUGGAUUCUUUGGUAUCGUACUUUUUUGGAAUUUUUUAUGUGAAUUUUUCAAUUUUUUUUUUAAUUUCUGUGGAGGUCUGUUAAUCAAAAAUAUGCAUUCUGGUUUUUUGUUUUUUUUUAAUUUGUUUAUUGGUAUUUAAUUUUUAAAAUUGUCACAAAAUGAUGAAAUUUUGAUAAUUUUUUUUUUAUUUUGUGAUUCAUACAUGUAUUUACAAAUUUUAUUUAGCCAGCACUUGGAUGUCAAUUUUCCUUCUAAACUAAAUGACUGUAAAACACCUAUUGUUAGUGACCAAUGAAAUGAAUAUGUGACAGUAUUAUGUGUAUACAUAGUAUUUAAUACAAAGAAUGAAUCUCAAGAAUCAGUUAUUAUUUCUGUGGGUUAUACUUUGUAUGUCAUUUGUAUUUUAACUUUCCAGAUAGUUAUGCAAUGUAUCUGUAUUGUGUUUUUGACACUAUGUUUGAAAUCCAGCCACAACAUUUUUACUGUUAUGUACAUUUGUUUACUAGAACGAUCUCUGAGCAGUAAUGAUAGGAAAUGUCGUGUGUCUUUUCUGGUACAUUCCAUUGCCUCAGUAGAGAUUUUGCUUUAUUUAUGUUUCUAAUUUAAUUGGAUAGAAAAAAAAAUGAGGUUGUGUGUAUUGGUUCUAACUUAACAAUCAUAAACCAAUUGUGUUCCUCAACGAAUAAAAAUCCUCACAGACAUCCAUGGACAUAACCAGAGGAAAUGUGAAAUCCAUGUCAAUUAUCACUUAAUGGAAAUAAAAUGAUUAAUAUCUGA